GAUUUUAAAAUGAGAUUAGAAAAAAUCAUUCGUAUACAUUUUCAGCAACGAAUUUUUGAUAUGAUUGAUAUAUAGUAUCACCGGUAAUGGCCUUGUGAUCGCCGGUAACGUCACAAAUUUUUAGUUGUCUGCUGCUCGAAGGGCUAACCCAGUGGAGCAAAACCGGAAAGUCGCCGCGGGUGUACCUUUUCCAACACUGGCGCGGCUUCAUUAUGCCUUGCACGUACCAACACAUCUCUCAAGACUACCUCAACAUUGGGAAUCAUAAUUGAUCAACGGUUCAGUACGGUAUGAGCUGCGGUCAGUGAACGGACGACUCAGUUGUCCACUUGUCAUCAUGGCGUUGUUGAUGAAAAUUCUGUCCCUGCCUGCAGGGCACUACUGCACUUAUACAACGUGUGUAGAAAAAUUUGUCAUUGACCGCGAAACGAAAUGGGCACCACUUGGCAGCAACGUUAAGUAGUCGGCUUCGGAUGGUUCGGAGAAGGGAAAAUGGUCGGUUCCGAAAUUGUUCGGCCGCAUCGAUCAGUCGCUAACCGUCACACAGACCCUACGCAACGUUCGUUUCUUGCGGUGCAUACAAGUUUAUUCGUGCAAAACGAGAUUAAAAUUGCAGCAAAAUGGUGAAGAAACAAGUUUCCAUACCUGCUCCAAGAUAUACCGCUUGUCGCUUGUGGAAGGGUCCGAAGAUUGUGUGCAGAAUGCCAGAACCGGAUGGAGUUAUGCACAAACUGUACAUGGAGCGGCAGCUUCCACCCAAAGUAGCGGAGGUCGCUCGAGUGCAGGGUGAAGAUCCGGACAGAACGAGUUUGUUAAUCGAAGAACUGCGGGACAUGAUUUAUGAAAAGGGUGAAUGCAUUCCUCAUCGGGUGGAUGACGACUAUUUGAUAAAAUUCCUACGGGCCCGGUUCUGGAACGUGCACCAUUCCUACAAUUUAAUGGUACGCUACUAUGCCUUCCGCGAGAGUAAUCCGGAGUUUUACGAGAACGUUAAUCCAAUGUCGCUACGCUCGCUCGGAGACGACGACAUCAUCUCCAUUUCGCCGUACCGCGAUCAGGAGGGUCGGCGCGUGAUUUGCUUCAAAUUUGGUAAAUGGCGCCCGUCCAAGAUACCGAUCGUGGAUCUGUUCCGUGCUACGAUGCUGUUGCUGGAAGUAGGCUCGCUUGAACCGCAGUCGCAGGUUCUGGGCGGCAUAGGCAUCAUGGAUCUGGAGGGUCUCACGUUGAACCACGCCUGGAAUCUUACGCCCGCCGUAGCACAGAAAAUGUUAGCCCUUCUUGCCACCAGUAUGCCGCAGCGGACGAGCCAAAUCCACAUUGUCAAUCAGGGUUGGGUGUUCGAUACAGUGUUCCAGAUCUUUAAACCCUUGCUGACGGACAAGAUGCGACAGCGGCUGUUCUUCCACGGUACGGAUCGUGCCUCACUACAUAAAUAUAUCGAUCCGGAGGCGCUACCCGAACGUUACGGUGGCACUAAACCGGAAUACCCGUACACCUACUGGUUGGAACACUUGAGCCGGAAUGAGAAGGUUGUUGAUGAGCUGCAACAGCUGGGAUAUGUGUCGGAACCGCUGGUGGAAGAUUGAAAUGGAAAUACAGGGACUUCGAAGAGACUGUUUCUGUCCAUAUCAGUACAGAAGAGAAGAUAGCGUUUGGGAAUUAAAUGCCGUUAAUUCGGUAGUACAAGGUAGUAUGUAGUAAGCAAACUACAAAUUUGUGCAUACAGGUUCGCAAACAGGGGAAUAGAUAGUGUGAUAUACAUAUAUUUUUUCACAGAAACGAACUUAUUUAAAAGAUAUUUUAUAAGAUGUAAGCCAUACCUUUGACUAUGAAAAUAAAUAUAUGAAUAUAAAAAAA